UUAUCGAAUAUAACACUGUUCUACUAAUUUUUUUCUCAGGAAACUAACACCUCUUUUCUCCCGUCUAUAUUCCAUCGCUACCCCUUUACACAGCCGCUCUCAGUAAAUGGCGUGAAAGAAAGCUCAAUGAACUCACCAAAUGAAACCCCGAUCAAUUCUCCCAAUUCCCCCUUCCCCAUUUCACUCUCACCCACCUUUACCAAACCCUAACCCUAAUUUUCCCCCAAUCCCGGCCCCUAAUUCUAACCCCUACGCCACACCUACUCUCGAUGACCACCUCCUACCCUUCCCAGUUCCCAAGAAACGACGACGCGGCAGGCCUCGACGCAGUGCCUCCACGUCGGUUUCAAGUCCUCAACUUCCCCGACGCUUCCUUCAACCCAAUAUCCCUUACUCUAACCCUAAGUCUAACUCGAUUUCCUCAACAGUAGCUACGACGACACAAACUUUGCAACCCAAAAUAGGUGACGAGAUAAUUGUGAUCAAUAAGGAAUCAACGGCUGAGGCUCUCACCGCUCUUUCUGCUGGAUUCCCAGCUGAUUCUCUCACUGAGGAAGAAAUUGACUUCGGCGUUGUUUCCUCUGUUGGUGGCAUUGAGCAGGUAAAUUAUAUUCUCGUUCGAAAUCAUAUUAUAGCGAAAUGGCGCGAAAAUAUAUCCAACUGGGUGACUAAAGAAAUGUUUGUUGAUUUUAUACCACAACAUUGUAAAACGCUUUUAGAUUCUGCUUAUGAUUAUUUGGUUACGCAUGGAUAUAUAAAUUUUGGGGUUGCCCCAGCUAUCAAGGAGAUAACUGCUGAUCCUAGUAAAGGCAACGUGAUUAUAGUUGGUGCUGGAUUGGCGGGGCUGGCUGCGGCUAUCCAGUUAAUGAGGUUCGGGUUUAAGGUUACAGUUUUGGAAGGGAGGAAGAGAGCUGGUGGGAGGGUUUACACGAAGAAGAUGGAAGGAGGGAAUAGAUUGAGUGCAGCCGCAGAUUUAGGUGGGAGUGUGUUGACGGGUACCUUGGGGAAUCCUUUAGGGAUUGUGGCAAAACAAUUGGGUGCUUCACUUUUUAAGGUGAGGGAUAAGUGUCCACUUUAUCGGAUGGAUGGGACUCCAGUGGAUCCCGCUACGGAUACGAAGGUGGAGUCUGCUUUUAAUCGGCUUUUGGAUAAGGCUAGUAGGCUUAGGCAGUUAAUGGGGGAAGUCGCGAUGGAUGUUUCACUUGGGGCAGCACUAGAGACAUUUAGACAGGUUUUUAGGGAUGCAGUUACUGAAGAGGAGAUUAAUUUGUUCAAUUGGCAUCUUGCAAAUUUAGAAUAUGCAAAUGCAGGAUUAGUUUCUAAGCUUUCACUUGCAUUUUGGGACCAAGAUGAUCCGUAUGACAUGGGAGGGGAUCACUGUUUCUUGCCUGGAGGGAAUGGCAGGUUGGUUCAGGCUCUAGCAGAGAAUGUGCCAAUUUUAUAUGAGAAGACUGUGCAUACUAUUAGGUAUGGAAGUGAUGGAGUGCAGGUUAUGGCAGGAAAUCAGGUGUUUGAGGGUGAUAUGGCACUAUGUACUGUUCCUCUCGGAGUUUUAAAGAGUGGGUCAAUAAAGUUUGUUCCGGAGUUGCCUCAGAGGAAGCUUGGGAAUAAGAGGUUGGGAUUUGGGUUGUUGAAUAAGGUUGCUAUGCUUUUCCCUUAUGUUUUUUGGGGUACAGAUCUUGAUACAUUUGGGCAUCUCACUGAAGAUCCAAAUCGUCGAGGGGAGUUUUUUCUGUUUUAUAGCUAUGCAACAGUUGCUGGUGGCCCUCUCUUGCUUGCUUUAGUAGCUGGAGAAGCUGCACAUAGGUUUGAGACAUUGCCUCCAACAGAUGCAGUGACCCAAGUUCUCCUAAUCCUCAAGGGUAUAUAUGAACCGCAAGGAAUCACCGUCCCUGAACCCCUCCAAACCGUCUGUACCAGAUGGGGUGGUGAUCCUUUCAGCCUAGGUUCAUACUCUAAUGUAGCUGUGGGGGCAUCUGGAGAUGACUAUGAUAUAUUAGCAGAAAGUGUGGGGGAUGGAAGACUUUUCUUUGCCGGGGAGGCCACUACAAGGCGAUACCCUGCCACCAUGCAUGGGGCUUUUCUUACUGGGCUCAGGGAAGCUGCAAAUAUGGCUCAAUAUGCCAAGGCUCGGACUGCAAAGAAAAAGGUUGACAAGAGUCCCUCGAAUAAUGCUCAUUCUUGUGCUUCCCUCCUUAUGGAUUUGUUCAGAGAACCUGAUCUGGAAUUUGGGAGCUUUUCUGUUAUUUUUGGUCGAAAGAAUGCUGAUCCGAAGUCUCCAGCAAUUUUGAGGAUAACAUUUAACGAGCCCCGAAAGAAGAAUCAGGAAGGUUCAAAGACAGAUCAGCAGCAUUCUAAUAAGGUGCUCUUCCAGCAGCUCCAGUCACAUUUUAAUCAGCAGCAUCAGCUGCAUGUUUACACAUUGUUAUCAAAGCAACAAGCAUUUGAGCUGAGAGAAGUCAGAGGUGGUGAUGAGAUGAGGUUGAACUACCUGUGUGAAAAUAUGGGAAUUAAGUUGGUUGGACGGAAGGGUUUGGGACCUACUGCUGAUUCCGUCAUUGCAUCUAUAAAAGCACAGAGGGGAGUCCAGAAACCUUCUUCAACUCCUUUGGUUCUAAAAUCAGGGGCAUCAAGGAUGAAACCCGGCACUUUAAAGCAAAAAUUCAUCAGAAGGGCUAAAAUAAUCCGCAACACUAGAGGGCCGAUUCCAGCUCCAAUUCCAAACGUAGCAAAUAGCAUUAUACCAGAGGAAAUAAAAGUGAUAAAGCAGGCUCCUCCUGACUCCGCUCCUUCGGGUAUGUCUGAAGGCUUCUAGUAGCCUCAUCUUUUUGGUGCAUUUCUAUGUCAUGCAGCUAGUUGUUCUCAUGACGUUUUCCUUCUUUUUGUUUUCUACCUCCAAGUAAUUAUCAACCGUUUUCAUUGUCAAUUGGUUGCUAUUCCGGUGUUGAGUCGUUCUAUUUGUGCCUUUUUGUCCAUCUUUCCAUAAUUCACGUGGUGUUUUCCUCUCUUUAUAAAAGUUAUGGGGGAAUCAGUGUCAUUUGCAGUAUUUAUUCUUGAUUUGAUGUGAAUUGUGAUGGCAGUACUUAUGUCAUUUGUCUGUUGAAGAAGAAUAGGUUAAAUGUAUUUCAAAUGGGAAAUCUGAAUAUAAGAAAUUCCAUUUUGAUGGGGCAAAGCCAAGGUGAGACGUUGAAGCAAUGAGCUGGGCAUUUAUGGAUUUCAAUCAUGAGAGUUCUCGGUGCAAUGACAUUGUUUCCACCCGAAUCUUCUGCCAGUCUCCUUAAAUGCAUAGAGCUUUGCAUCCGAGUUCUUCAACAGGUUUCUGUCUGCUACCAAAUAUCCUAUUCCCACCAUUAGAGAACUGUACUAUUUGAUUAACCUCUUGGCUAAACGGGUAAAGUUGUCUUCUCCACAUUGAAGAAGAUCCUGUUGUUGGCUAUGGUCUUGGGAUUUUUUUAUUGGUCGAUCCCCACCGAAGAUAUCCUUGCCAGUUGCCACUUUCUACAUCACCACCUUGACCGUCUGAAUCACUUCGCUGCAACUUCGGAAUGAAGCUUGCGACCACAGUUUGGCUAUGAUGACGAACUGUUUAAUCUUUAUGAAGCCGGUUGUGAAUGGGUCUGAGAGAGAAAAAUGUUCUGCCAUGGCCAACGUUUCCAAUAAGAUCCAGUGUGAGAAGCUGAACAGGCAGCGGUUCAAUAGGGUUCUCGUUAAACCUCACCUCAUCAAACAAACUGAGAAAAUCAAUCCCGAUCUCAAUGCAUCCUGUUAUGUUAAAACCAUUUCCUAGGAUGCUUGCUGCUUAAUAAUAUAACCUCGAAAACUGUACAACGAUUAGCAAGCAUUGGGAUUUCUGAUCGACGAUGACUAGUAGGAGUUACUUGGAUAUAUGUAUAUAUGCAUGCAAUGAGUACGUACUCAACACGGGUAUGUUAAAUUUUACUCCAGCGACAAACUCAAGUAU